AAUAUUGACGCCCGUUAAAUCUAUUUCGCUCAUCCAAACAAAAAGUUCUUUAUUCAAUGUAACAAGUGGGGUACUUACUUUGUAAUGCCGUGUGCACCGGGUACAAUGUGGUCACAAAGCGCCUAUACCUGCAUUGCAGACAACAACAAUGUUAACACUCAACAUACCGAUUCUACGACAGACAAGACCACGACAACCAACAAAUCCACCAUUAACAAUCCCUGUACCAAGGAGAAUAUUGACGCCGGUAAAUUCUAUUUCGCUCAUCCGAACAAAAAGUUCUUUAUUCAAUGUAACAAGUGGGGUACUUACUUUGUAAUGCCGUGUGCACCGGGUACAAUGUGGUCACAAAGCGCCUAUACCUGCAUUGCAGAUGAUAACAACGUUAACAACAACAAUGUUAGCACUCAACAUACCAAGGCUAAGACAGACAAGACCACGACAACCAUCAAAUCCACCAUUAACAAUCCCUGUACCAAUGAGAAUAGUGACGCCGGUAAAUUCUAUUUCGCUCAUCCAAACAAAAAUUUCUUUAUUCAAUGUAACAAGUGGGGUACAUACUUUGUAAUGCCGUGUGCACCGGGUACAAUAUGGUCACAAAACACCUAUACCUGCAUUGCAGUUGAUAGCAAUGUUAACACUCAACAUACCGAUUCUACGACAGACAAGACCACGACAACAAACAACUCCACCAUUAACAAUCCCUGUACCAAGGAGAAUAUUGACGCCGGUAAAUUCUAUUUCGCUCAUCCAAACAAAAAGUUCUUUAUUCAAUGUAACGAGUGGAGUACAUACUUUGUAAUACCGUGUGCACCGGGUACAAUGUGGUCACAAAGCGCCUAUACCUGCAUUGCAGAUGAUAGCAACGUUAACAACAAUGUUAACACUCAACAUACCGAUUCUACGACAGACAAGACCACGACAACCACCAAAUCCACCAUUAACAAUCCCUGUACCAAGGAGAAUAGUGACGCCGGUAAAUUUUAUUUCGCUCAUCCGAACAAAAAGUUCUUUAUUCAAUGUAACCAGUGGGGUACAUACUUUGUAAUGCCGUGUGCACCGGGUACAAUGUGGUCACAAAGCGCCUAUACCUGCAUUGCAGAUGAUAGCAACGUUAACAACAACAAUGUUAGCAAUCAACAGACCAUAGCUACGACUGGGGGAAACCCCGAACACCACCAAAUCCACCAUUAACAAUCCCUGUACGAAGGAGUAUUUUACCGCUGGUAAAUUUUAUUUUCACUUCCAAAUAAAAAUUUAUUUAUUCAAUGUACAGAAUUCGCUACAUACUUUGUAAUGCGUGUGCGGAAGGAACAUGGUGGUCACAAAGGACAUAUGCAUUGAUUCAUAAUUUAUAAAAGCGAAUUACCAA